UGAUCAGACAAGCACUCCUGCUACGACAAGCGUCGAGAAAAGACAAGAGUUCAAGUGGCGUGGACGUGGCUGAAGAAAACAGUAACCGUCGCAUUUGUCUGGAGCCGUACAAGGGACGUAAUCCAAAGCUUUUGCCCUGUUUUCACACACUUUGCCUCCCCUGUUUGAAAGACUUGGAACAGCACAGCCUGACUAAUUUCGAUUUGAACGAUGACACACUCACCUGUCAGAUAUGCCCCCAAGGUAACGAGGCCACAUAUAACUGUUCUGAGUGCAGCCAAAAUAUGUGCGACCAGUGCCAGCAAUGUCAUAACAAAUUUCUCCCCAGCCACCAGGUGCAACCUCUGACCUAUAGCCAGCAAACAUCUCAAAUGAACUUUCUACCAGUGAAGAAAGAUACCAUCACGCAACAACUCAAGGUGCUGGAGGCGGCGCUGGUGACGAUGAGGGAGAAGGAGGACACGCUGGAGCGGGAGAGGCAGGCGGUGGCUUACGUCAUCACCAGGCGGGCUGACGCCGCGAGGGCGCUAGUGACGCAGGCGGAGGAGAGGAGCCAGAGAGAGCUGACGGAAGUAGCUGAAAGGCUUAGAAUACAGAUACAAGAAGAGAUGGUAGCUACUCGCAAAAUCUACAGUAAAAUAUUUACAUUGAUAUCACUAGAACGGGAUACUGGUCAAGCGAAUCCAAUCAGCAGAAAGAUGCAGACGGUUCUACUCAGUGAUGAAAAUUUACAGUUGUAUCAAGAUCGAUGCAACAGGGGCAGACAAUCGAAGAUAAUUCUGCACCAGUACAACGACGACGCCAUUGACCUGAAGAUCGUAGGAGACUACAUAGGUACGGUGUGUGAUGGUAAACAACCUGCAGGGAAGACCAGCAAUGUGCAGGUGUCAGAGCUGUCAGACACAACAAAACUAUCAUGUGAUAUUGGAGAAAGGGAGGGGAUGUUGACACAUGAUACACCUUCACCCUACUUAGAGAGAUACAAUAGUGCGAUGAUGGAACUGGGUAUUCUCAAGGGAGAGAUCUCUAAUCUUCAGAAGGAUGUGACCAUUUUAAAAGAAAAGGACCCCAUGGUUGAGCAAAAAUUGAGAAGUUUUGAAGAAAAGUUGGAGAACGUUCAAGAAGACCUUUCAAGAACAGAAAAGGUAACGACCUCUAUAACGCAAGAGACGGAAACAGUAAAGACCGUCAACUGUAAACUGCAGAAUGUCAUCGACAAUAUGCAGAAGGAGUAUUCAAUUAUGAAAACAGAAACAGAUAAAUCCAAACAAAAUAUUAAAGACCUGAAGAGACACCUUAAAAGUUUUGAAGAAAAAUCCAGUUUCAUGGUGGCAUUUGACGUCAGACUCAGUGUUGAUAAAAAGGUUGAUGAGGGCUUCACCGAUAUCGUCAUGAGGAAUGUGAAGUGCAACGUGGGGGAGGCGUACGACAAGAGCACAGGUAUUUUCACUGCUCCUGUAACAGGUAUCUACUUCUUUAUGGCGAGAACAGUGAAAGUUAAAACAUCAGACCUCUCGCUUGAUAUACGUGUGGAUUGGCAUAUAGUUGCGGAAUCAUGUGCUAGUAGUGCGCCGAAAGCCGGUGGGAGCUGUAUUGUACACCUUGUAAAGAAACUGAGAAAAGGACGCAAUGUGUCACUGUUAUCGUUUACAUUCUCACAGGCUACAUUGCGAAGUAGUGAAACGUCCUUUUCUGGCGUGCUAGUGCAACCAGAGCUUGACAUUGAAUAGUCGUUAAGGUUUUUUCAGUAAGCCUGAAUAUAGCUUACCCAACAAGAUCGAAAUGUUGCCUCCAUGAUUGCCUCAUAGAGUAAGCUAUCAUUGCCUUGUAUCGCCGACGGAUAUUGAAACUAUAGUAUCCGUUAAAUUUCAAUUCAUAUUUCACAAAUAUCGGUUGAAAGCUGGAUUCAUAUUGAAGUCAAUAUUAAAAAAUGUCAUGUGUUGUUUCUUCUCGCCAAAUUUAAACUUUAUAUCUUGGUACCAGCCUUAGAAACUGCACCAACUUAAUAGUAGAAGUACAAAUAUUUAUUUUCUUGAGUUUGUUAAACAAUUUUUAUGUUUCCCAGACAUCACAGGAGCUAGCAGGAUAAAGACUCCUGGACAGAGUACUAGGUGGUAAAAUGAUUACAACAGUCCUAGCUUGAGUCUAUGACUAGAGGUUUUAGUUAUAUUUUUGUAGGAAGCUGGGUAUGAGCCCAAUUACUUGACUAAAUUUGUGAAAAAAAAACAUGCAAGUACAUUGGCACACAAAAUAGCUUAACGGUGUUGAGAAAUUUAGUUAUGAUAGUCAUGGAAGAUCCUUUUACCUGUUGAUCCUGUUUGGUCUCAUAGCAUCUGCUGAUAAGGAACAGUUUUGCUGCCUUUUCAUAGCAACUAACAUGUUUCCAUUAGCAUGUGUUGAUAGGAAAUGCCCACUAUAAACAGUUUUAUCUUAUAUAAAAAGUGUUUACAUGGUAUUUGUUAUACACACUGUUGUCUUGUGCUUACGCGACCAUCUGAAGUGCCGAGGUGGAAGUAAAUGUAGGGAUGAAAGGACAAAGAUUUCACAGUGCUACAAAUAUUAUAAUAGGCUACACUAGCAACCAGAUCACAAGUAGUUUUUUUACAUCAACAAUAUCAUUGCUUUGAAAACAGGUAAUAAAGUUAACAAGGAAACAGUAUUUUUCAGUGUAUCAGCCCGAAACAAAUGACUAGCUGACCAGGUAAGCAGCAUUCUGAAAACUGCUUUUAGGUGGAUCUGAUUUCAAUUUCCUAUUAGAGUCCAGUGGCAGAAAUUUAUGAAGAUUUUACAAUUUUACUUCAUAUAUGAACACAUCCAAAAUAUAAAAUACAAGUAAAAAAUAGUUUAAAUGAAAUAGCUCUAAAACUUGCAAAAAAAUGUCUUCGUGCUUCUAACACGAUUAUUGUUAAAAAAAGGAAACAUUUUAUCAGUUUCUUUCCCGAUUCUCUUAAAUUACAGAUGAAAGGUAUCUGAGUUUUCCUUUUCAUGUCGCACUGUUAAUGUGCCACUACACUUCUUUUCAUUGCCUUUUUGUGUUUCACAUCAAUAAAUAAGUAAUGCAACUUGAAACACAGUAAAACAUUAAGAAAAUCAUACGAUGUUUUUAUUCUUGACUGUUUAAUUAUUUCAGUUUGUGUAAUUCAUUAUAACUAGAGCGUUUGUUUAGUGACAAAACUAUGCUCCGUGUCUACUUUGUGUUGUCUUGUCGCAGAUUAGAAAGCAUUUGAGAAUUUCAUGACAUACAAUUUAAUUUCUAUAUAUUGACAACAUCAAUAGCAUCAGAGGCUUGACAAAGGACACAAUGUAUCGUUAGUCAUUGUCAUAUAAUCUUAGUUUAAGUACCAUUCUUAUCAGAAAAAAAUUUGUCUAAUGACUGUAGAAAUAUUUUUUGAAUAUUGUAUAUUUUAUUAUAAUGUCUAACAGCAUGGUGAAUAUUGAUAUUUAAUCAUCAUUUCAAAAGAUAUUAACACCAUUUUAACGCACCUAAAUUCUCGAUCAGUGGAUGUAUUCAUUGUUCAUACACCGACCUAAGAAAGGAAACGGGAUGCAAUGUAAGAAUUUUAAAGUGUUAAACCUGAUUAGUCGACCAAGGUCAUGCCUAAAAUGAGGACGAGCUGGUAGAAGAGGAUUAAAAAAACAAAUCUUCGACAACCCGGUGCUUGUUGUACAGCACCUGCAACAUGGAAGGAUCUGUACAAAAACUUCGUUUAUUUCAAGAAGGUUGUUGUACGAGGCUUUAUGGAAUGUCCUACGGAUAUUCAAACUGGUGAAAGGCAUUGUACGCACAACCGAUGCACUGUACGACGUUUCCAGAAGCUCAGUACAGUUCAGCAUGCUAGUGGGUAAGGUCUUCUCCACGAUGAUGGCUGUGUAUCAAAGUUGUACUCUGUCGCCAGUGCUAUUUGACAUCUACAAGAAAAAAGGACAUACUUCAAGACCAUCACACUUUUGUGUUUAUCGGGUGGAGGCCGUUCAGUAGUCUCCUUAAUGCUGACAACAUUUAACUACUGUCAGGAAACAAAGGCGAGCUACAGACACCGAUGCAAGUGAUAAAGGAUGAAGAUGAGGGUGGAUAAGAGCCAAGUUAUGGUGAGCACCACGGGAUGUAGCGAAGGGGAGGUUUGGACUAACAGAGUAGAGCCAGACUCAACAACAUUUGGGACAGCUAAAGCAUCAGCUCCCGCAUCAAAUUUAGGCCUUUUUCUUUUUAUUUCUCAAUGAUUGUAAAACUAACCUGACGAUUUUACUACUGUCAAGCAACAGAAGCUGGUAUCAUUUUGACGACCUGGCACCUCAACGAAAAAUUAAUUGCUGAAAAAAAAUUUGGUACCGAGCAAGUCAAUCCUUCAUUUCAAAAUUGAACUGAUUACAUGGAAAUACAACUUAGACAUGCAGUGUAAAACGCGCGAUUCAUGUUAAUCAUUUAAGUCUAGAAAAAUGUCUUCACAUGCUGUCUUAUCAGACCUUUUUUAUAUCAUUGACCUAUUGUAUUUGAAGCUUCUUCCCAUGAUAAAUACUUCUUUUUAUUAUCUCUGUGUGUCAUGAUUAUAAAUUUUUUAAACCUUUCUCUGGUGUCAGCCAAAGCCUCAUGUAAAAAGAUGACAUUUUGGUAAAUUUUCUCUUUAUUAUGCCUUCAACUUUUUAUAUAACCACUCACUGCAUGUUUAUAUAACUUCAGAUUCUUUCUUUAUGAAUGCAAAUCCAGUCCUAAAUAAUAGCGAUGUAGUUAAACGGUGCAUUAAGUCUUUGCACUCAUUCUUGUUCUAAUUGGUAGUUUGUAAAAAAAAGAAAAUUUAAUAAAGAUGAGGACUGAGAAAAAAAAAAAGAUUUGUUCAAGGCACUUUGAAGAAGACUGCAUAAACAAGGCACUGAUCUUAUUGUUGACUCAUUUAUUUACUUUUUCUCUUUUCUCUACAUGCUUUUAGUUCGCGACUACAAAGCUUCUACAAUUUUCACAUAGCAGAAGAUGUACCUAUAAAAAACCAAUUUAGUUAAUAAAAAUCGCGUCGUUCAUUAAAUUACUUGAGAAGUUAUUGAUGAAAUAUUUUUCUUACUUUUUAAAAAGUCGUCGUAUAUAAAUAGGCAAAGAUCAACACUAGUGCUUUCAGUUCACAACCCCCCACCCCCUUCGCCGACAGAGAUGAUUUAAGCCGUUAUCUAGGUUUUAGAUGUACACAUCGACAGUGUCGACUGAUUAGCUCCCUGCAACUUUUGCACAAAGAGUUGAUGUCGAGCUGUCACAGCAACCUUUUCGCGCAAUACAGGGAGGUCUGGGAGCCUGGGAGAGACUUUUCCCGUUAUUAUUUUUAAAAAGAAGAUGCAUUUGUUGAAUGUUAGCUUGUGUGUGUGUAAGACAGAGAGUAAAUGCAUUUUAUUAUGUGUGUUUUUGAAGUUCACUUAAAAAAUAAGGGACACGUAUUAACACGAAUACAUGGAUGACAUUAUUUUAGACAGAAGGUUAUUAGAUUGUUAAGAAUAUUAUCUUACCUGUGUGAAAGCAAUAAUUUUGUAAAAAAAUGAGAUCUUUGAAGAAAGUUAAGUAAACAUGGAUUCUAAUUUGACAAUCUUAAAGACUUGCAUUUGUUUAGCUGUUACUCGCAGUAACCUCUACUAACCUUGGUAGAUGCUACAG